AUUCGCUAUGUAAGAUAGUAUCCGAGCAAAACUAAAUCGCUAUUCGAUGAAUUUGGCCCUUCCUGACACUCGCGCAAAGGGGGAACUGUUACAUUUCACCGUAGUUGUGUCCGGGACAUUAAAGGGUAGGACUAGUUGCUGUCGGAGACCAUGAGGAAUCGCCGCAGGUCCAGUAGGCAGAAGCCCAAGCAGCAGGUGGAUGAUGAUAGUGAUGACCCUAAAACAUACAGCGAUUUACCAAAUCCAGAUAUUAAUUCUUCAGAAUAUUUUAAUGAUGAUGUGGAUGAAUUUCAUCAGAAGAAGCUCCAGAAGCUGCUGGCUGAUGGAGUCAUUCUGGAUGAUGCAAAUGAAGACUCAGUGGAUGAGGAAGAGGUGAUGCCCUUGGAGAUACCUGACUCUGAGGAGGAUGAGGAAGAUGAGGAGGAUGAGGAUGAUGAAGAAAAUGUUGACUUGGAUAGUGACCUUGAGGGCAGAUCAGAAGCUGGUCUCCCCAAUGAGUUGGCCUGGGGCCAGAAGAAAGCUACAUAUUACAGCACAGACUAUGUCGACGAGCUUCUGCGUGGUAAGGGUCAGGAAGAGGCACUGGCAGAAGCUGAGGAGGAGGAACAAGAAGCUUUGAGUAUUCAAAAGCGUUUGGCAGAGAAUCUGACUGAGGAAGACUUUGGACUUGACCUUAUUCAGGCAUUUGCCCAGGAGCAGGCAACUGAGAAAGCAACUCAAAAGGAUCUGAAAAUCAAAAAGGAUUUGAAGAAAAUGUCACAUAAAGAGCAGAUCAGUCUGCUGAAGAAAGAGUCACCAGAACUUCUGGAGCUCAUUCAGGACUUCAAAACAAAGCUUGCUGAGUUGAGGGAUGAGUUGCACCCGCUGAUGGAGAUGGUGCGGAGUGGGAAGAUACCUGCAGGGAAGGGUGCCAGCUAUGUGCAGACCAAGUACCAUCUGUACCUGAAUUACUGCACAAACAUCAGUUUUUACCUAGUACUGAAGGCCAAGCGGAUCCCAGUGCACAGUCAUCCCGUGAUUGAGAGGCUGCUCACCUACAGAAAUGUGAGUAUACAGCUGUUUAACCGCCAGGGUCUUUAGUUUUCCUCUCUGUAUCCAUGGCUAUGGUCACAGGGAUAUCCUGGGUCUGUUUCAAUCUGUCGUUCAGAAUCUAGUUCCUACACACAUGAAUAAGAUUUAGUUCUGGAAUGCUUCUCUGAUUUGUUUUAUUUUCUUCAACCAACACCUUCCCUAGCCCAAGCAGCAUCUAACUUAUUCACUGGGCUGUAAAGCCCCUGGUUAGAU